UCUGCAAUGAUGGGCAGUCGAGCGAGCGCUGUAAAGAACACGAUAUACAAGAUGAGCCUUCCGCUCUCACGUUCAGAAGUGUUUGGGCAGUUGAGGAAAGAACUGCAUGAUGACACCGCAUUUCACCAGUCAGAUGUGCAUAUCUUCAUCAUCAUGGGCGCUUCGGGAGAUCUGGCCAAAAAGAAAAUCUAUCCAACUUUGUGGUGGUUGUUCAGAGAUGGUCUUCUCCCUGAACAGACAUAUUUUGUGGGUUUUGCUCGUUCAGAUCUGACUGUGGAUGCCAUACGCUCAGCCUGCAUGCCCUACAUGAAGGUAGUAGACAAUGAGGCUGAGCGUCUCGCUGCUUUCUUCAGCCGAAACUCUUACAUCAGUGGGAAGUAUGUGGAUGAAUCCUCUUUCUCUGACCUGAACACACACCUACUGUCUCUGCCUGGAGGAGCUGAGGCCAACCGGCUCUUCUACCUUGCCUUGCCACCCAGCGUCUAUCAUGACGUCACCAAAAAUAUCAAACAUCAGUGCAUGAGCACCAAAGGCUGGAACAGGGUGAUUGUGGAGAAGCCGUUUGGCCGUGACCUGCAGAGCUCAGAGGAGUUAUCCAGUCAUCUCUCUUCUCUCUUCACCGAGGAGCAGAUCUACCGUAUAGACCAUUACCUGGGCAAAGAGAUGGUGCAGAACCUGAUGGUCCUCAGGUUUGGAAACCGGAUUUUUGGUCCCAUAUGGAACCGGGACAGUGUAGCGUGUGUGGUUCUGACCUUCAAAGAGCCAUUUGGUACCCAGGGCCGUGGAGGAUAUUUUGAUGAUUUUGGUAUCAUUCGUGAUGUGAUGCAGAACCACCUGCUUCAGAUGCUGAGUCUGGUGGCGAUGGAGAAACCUGCAUCCACCAGCUCUGAUGAUGUGCGGGAUGAGAAGGUGAAGGUGCUGAAGUGCAUUGAGCCGGUCACUCUCUCAGACGUGGUUCUGGGUCAGUAUGUUGGAGAUCCAGAGGGAGAAGGAGAGGCAAAACUGGGGUAUCUAGAUGAUAAAACAGUCCCGAAAGGCUCCACUCAGGCUACAUUUGCCACAGCAGUGCUUUAUGUAAAGAACGAACGCUGGGAUGGUGUCCCAUUUAUCCUCCGGUGUGGAAAGGCUCUGAAUGAGAGAAAAGCGGAGGUGCGUCUGCAGUUCACUGAUGUUCCUGGAGACAUCUUUAGCUCUCAGUGCCGGAGGAACGAGCUGGUGGUUCGCGUGCAGCCCAAUGAGGCCAUCUAUGCCAAGAUGAUGAGCAAGAAACCUGGAGUCUAUUUCAGCCCUGAGGAGACAGAGCUGGACCUGACCUACCACAGCAGAUACAGGGACGUGAAGCUGCCUGAUGCUUAUGAACGUCUGAUUUUGGAUGUCUUUUGUGGCAGUCAGAUGCAUUUUGUACGCAGUGAUGAGUUGAGGGAAGCCUGGAGAAUCUUCACUCCUCUCCUUCAUCAGAUAGAGUCAGAGAAAACACCACCCAUCAAAUACAAAUACGGGAGUCGUGGUCCCGCUGAGGCUGACGAGCUGGUGCAGAAAGUGGGCUUCCGCUACGAGGGAACAUACAAAUGGGUGAAUCCACACAAACUGUGAAAGCAGCAGAUGCGGAAACUGAAGCCUGCUUAUAAACGAAAAAUCAGCCGCAGUCGAGUGCCUGAAACAAGCACUUUAAACAAACUAAAUAUUAAAGAUUCAUUCUGUUUAAGCACUGCGUUUACAGAAGGACCAACACGAUUGGAAACCUUUUUCUUAGCAUGUUAUGAAUCAUAACCAGCUCCUUAUGGUAUAUGGUUUAGAAUAGUGUUUCUCAACCAUGUUUCUGGAGGACCACCAGCUCUGCGCGUUUUCCAUGUCUCCUUAACCAAACACACCUGAUUCAGAUCAUCAGCUCAUUAGCAGAGACUGAAAGAGCUGUAAUGGGUUUGACAGACAAAGAAGACAUCCAAAACAUGCAGUUCUGGUGGUCCUCCAGCAACGUGGUUGAGAAACACUGCUUUAGAAUAUCUCUAUUGUUUCAUUUUAUAUUUUAUUGUACAUUAUUGAUUAUUUUUGCUGAUGCAGUUAAAGGGGCUGUUCACCCGAAAAUAAAAAUUCUGUCAUCUUUUACUUGUUUCAAACCUUUAUAAGUAUGUGUUGAACACAAAAGAACAUAUUUUGAAGAAUGUUGGAAAGCUGUAACUAUUAACUUUGAUUGACUUCUAUGGAAGACUACAACUUUCUUUAAAAUAUAUUCUUUUGUGUUAAACACAAGAAAGAAUCUCCUAAAGGUUUGGAAGCACUUGAGGGUGCGCAAAUAGCAAGUAAAUUUUCACUUUUGGGUGAACUAUCCCUUUAAGAAUUAUUUUGAUAUCAAUGCACUGUCAUUCCCUGUUUUCACAUUCUCCAGUCUUUAAGAAACACAAAUCUGUUUGCAUUCCUUUUUUCUCAAGCAAAAGUCUUAACAUUAAAUGCUGCUUAUAUUUCAGAAGUGUUUUAUGGGCAGGUGGUGGUUUAAAGUACAGUCUGCUACUGUAGUGAUCCUUACGUUCAUGUAUUUUGUUGAAAUAUAUAGAUAAGCUGUGUAAUUGGACCACAAAAAAGGAGAAAUUCCAGAAACAAUUUGGGAUCAAUAGUGGAAGUUGUCUUAAGUGAGACACAGUUAUGUUUAGUCUUACAAAGCAGAUGCAUUACAAGCCACAUCCUUCUGUAAAUACUCCAGACGAGCUCUGAUGUACAUUGUUACACCACUAUCAAAAUGUGAGCCAAACUUUGGGAUGGUGUAUUUCUGCUUGCUAUCACCUUUGACAUUAGAUAAAGUGUCAUAAAAGAACUUAAAGGGUUAGUUCACCUAAAAAUUACGAUAUUCUCUAUAGUAAAGUGGCUCUAAACUUAUGAAUGUCUUUCCUCUGUUGAACACAAAAUAAGAUAUUCUGCAAAAUGUUGGGAAAAGCAGCCAUUGACAUCUAUAGCAAAAAAUGUCAGAGGUGAACGGCUGUUUUCUUUUGUGUUCAGUUGAAAAAAAAAACUCAAUCGAAGGAUGAGUAAAUGAGUGAUUUUUGGGUGAAGUAUCCCUUUAGUGUUUUAUGUAUUGAGUGACGGCGAUGUUGCUUUGACAGUUUUAACAGCUUUAUGUUCAUUUUUUUUAUGCUUGAACAUCUGUGCACUAUUUAACUUUUCUGUAAAAGUUAUGCCUAGCGUAUACUAGUGUUUUCUAUUGUAUUAUAAUAGACACUUUUACAAUAAAGCAUAGUUAAGAUGCCA